AUGACCAUAAAAUAUAUCACUGGUGAUCUAUUCAAUCAUAAAGCAGUUGGUAAAUCAAUUGUGUUAGCACAUGCUUGUAAUACAGGAGGGAGUUGGGGUGGUGGUAUAGCUGCUAUUUUUAGAAGAAAAUUUCCAGUAGCAAAUCAACAAUAUUCAGAGUAUUGUCAUAAAAACUCAAAUUUAUUAGGUAAAACUUUGUUAUUAAAAGCUGAUGAUUUUGAAAAAAGUAAAAUUUACAUAGCUUGUUUAUUCACGAGUGAUUUCAAUCAAGGACCAGAGAAAAUUGCUUCUUAUACCACAGAUUCCUUAAGGGACUUAUCAAAACAAUUACAAUCCUUAAAAGAUAUUGAAUCUAGUAAAGAUGGGAAAAAAAUCGUUAAUAUGCCCAAGAUUAAUGCGGGAAUUUUCGGAGUGCCAUGGGAGUUGACUGAAGAAGCAUUAAAGGAAGUUGAUACUUUGGAUUAUAAUGUAUAUGUUCUAUAA